UGCAGAUUGAUGUUCGGCAAACACAUUCUCCUCCAUCUUGACAGGAAAUACUUCUACUGCAAUAUCGUAAUUUGUCUUAUCUGAACUUGCAAUUGAAUCCUACGUUCCGUGAAUGCAGCUUGUUUGUAUGUAAUUUGGAAAAAAUGUUGAUAUUUUGGGGGUCGAUCGUAGUGACCUGUGUUUCGUGUUUCUAUUAGGUAUGAGAAGAAACAUUUUGAUUUUGGCAGCUUUUCUGUAGUGAUGCUAAUCGCGCGACUUUAAUGAUGGAAAUGAUGGGCAACAUCUAUUUGAAACUGAGCAACAGUGGUAUAAAUUAAUCCGGAAAUACAACAUCAUGGACCUAAUGAAAAUUGAUCCUGAUUCAGACAAUGAGAAUUUGACAGUGCACUUAUGUGGUGAUACUAAGGUUGCAGAUCUGAAACAUGAAGAUCAUUUGGAGACACCAAUAUUCUGUGCAGUGAAGAGUGAACCACAGGAGAAUGUGGAUGUGUUUAAAGUUGAACCUUGUUCAGAUUCUCCAUGCAGGGAUGAUCAACUCAUUCAUUAUCCCCAUUUUACAACUGUAACAUUACCACUGGUGAAAAGUGAACCUGAGGAAGAGCUAUGGGAUGUGAAAGAAGAAGUGACAACAGGUGAUCAUCAAGUGUUUUUGGGAUGUUUGGUUGAGUUCGUGGAUGAAGAUGGCCUUAGUUCUUUGGCAAAGGCAAGUCAGAACGAUUACAAAUGUGAUGUUUGUGGGCAGACUUUUGGAGAUAGUGAUUGUCUUGAGAAACACAGAUCCACAUAUGCUACAAAUAAACAUGCCAAAUAUAAUAAAAGUACAUGUUUUGGAAACAGUCAUAUUAGUCCUCAAAGAAAGCCAUUUAACUGUGAGAUUUGUGGUAAAAGAUAUUGUUAUAGAAGUCAUCUACUGGCACAUCACCGAAUACAUACAGGAGAGAAUGUUUUGAAAUGUGACAUAUGUGGUAUAGGAUUUUCAAAGCCUGGUCAACUAUUAACACAUCGUCGUGUUCAUACUGGAGAGAAACCAUUUAAAUGUGAACUUUGUGGUAAGGGAUUCGCAGCUAAUGGAACUCUUGUGGCCCAUAGAAGGAUACAUACUGGUGAGAAGCCAUUUAUAUGUGAAAUGUGUGGUAAAGCUUUUUCAGUUGGUAGUAGUCUAGUUCAACACCGUCGUACUCAUACUGGGGAAAAGCCUUUUAAAUGUGAGUUUUGUAGUAAAGCCUUUGCGCGUGCCGGACAUCUCGUAAAUCAUCGGCGUAUACACACUGGUGAUAAACCAUUUGUAUGUGACGUAUGUAAUAAAAGAUUUACUGAAUCUGGUCCUCUGGCCAAACACCGUCGAAUUCACACUGGAGAUAGGCCGUAUAAAUGUGACUUUUGUGGCAAAGGAUUUGGUGAUAGUAGCAGUUUGGUUGGUCACAAGAGAUCACACACUGGAGAAAAACCGUAUAAUUGUCGUAUCUGUAACAAGGCAUUUUCAUGGAGUGGUCAUCUUGCCACCCAUCUUCGUACUCAUACUGGCGAUAAGACUCUUGUUUGCGAAGGAAUCCAUAAUUAUUCCUAUUCAUAAGAAGGGGGCCAAGACUGAGUGUGGUAAUUACCGAGGAAUUUCACUGCUAUCAACCUCAUACAAAAUUCUAUCAAACAUUCUUUUAGCAAGAUUAAC